AUGGGCGACAUAGCUAGCCAACGUUCGGAUCUAUUAUCCCCGGAUGAAAAUGACACUUUACAUUCUCUUCUGGGUCGAGGAUGUUGUGCGCUGUCAGUUGGAGUUGUGCGUUUGUACAACGUGAAGGAUAACAGUAGUUGGGCACCUAGCUUGUGUGGUAUCGCUUGCUUUGUUCGCGAUAAAAACGAGCGUGCCUAUUUCAUACGAGUUUACGACAUCAUAACGAGAAAAGAAGUGUUUCAGCAGGAAUUGUAUUUAGAAAUCCAGUAUCUUCGUCCACUUGCUCAGUUCCACAUUCUGCAGGCAGACUCUGGUCCAGUCGGAAUCUCCUUCGCUUCACUUGAUGAGGCUAAGGCAUUUGGGGAUUUGGUCAUUAAAAGAAUAGAGAAAUGUUUGAGGGAUCGCACAAAUACGAUGACAGUUGCGACAACUCCGGCCACAAUACGCACUACGUUUCUUCAACCUGGGAUUAGUGAACCUAAUCGACCACUUGUUCCUUCUUUUGAGAGGGCAAGCAGCAAACAGAAGAAAAGAAGAGGAAAAAAGACUAAACUGACUCCAAGUGACAUCAGUGCCCCUUCCGACUUCCGACACAUUGAGCACGUGGGUUAUAAUAAAGAGGAGAAAAGAUACGAUUAUUCAGAAAAGAAUGGUCUAAUACGCCAGAUCUUGCGUCAAAUUGGACAGGAAGAUUGCAUGGAUGUGGAGAGCGAACGGCGCUUCGUUUACGAUUUUGUGAAUCAGAACUAUAAUUGGGAUGAAGUUCAACGUCAGCUGGAAACAGCAAGAAGCGGCUCUGAUCCCCCUUUCCGACCGCCACCGUCACGGGCUCCGCCACCUCCGCCCACAUCCCACCCUCCUCCGCCUCCUGUUCCAUCCAUACAUAAGGCGGACGUGCCUCCACCUCCGCCUCCGCCACCACCACCGACCGUUCCGCCACCCCCAAGAACAAUACCAGCGGCCCCAGUGCCUCCGCCUCCCCCAUUGACCUCUGGAACUAAGGUGCACAGCGCCCAACAGGAGACGAUUGCCGUGAACAGCUUUCCACAGCAGUCAGUCUCCGUGGGUCAGGAUCUGCAGUCACAGAUAGUGGCGUUCCAGAAGAGCAAUUUACGGAAAGUCACUCCAGCAGGCGGUGCAGAUGAUCGUCCAGUCCCACAUACAACCGGCUCUCCUCCAUCUGUAGAACGUAAUCUUUUGCAAUCGCUCGCAAGCGCCUUAGAAAUGCGGCGUGCACACAUGGGCACCGAGGAUAGCGAGGGUGAUUCUGAUGGGAACCGUGAACACGACGAUAGCUCCAAUGAGGACUGGGAUACUUAA